AUGGCCUCGGAAGAGGAAAAUGAGAUUUUCGAAGUCAUAUUCUCGUACAGUGAGCCCAAUGACUCUAAAACGCAAGGUACAACCUCUGAGCCCUCGGAAGAUGCUAUCUCGGAAACAAGUGAAGACCGCGCAUUUGUGGUUUCGGAUGCAGAUCAAUCGCCCUAUUCGAACAGAUCCUCUGGGUCUUCCGACUACAGCCAGCACUGCCCCCACGUGCAUGACAAUGACUCUUUUGAUAUUAUUGGCCAGAAAAUACCGAUAAGCACAAUUGCUAAACGCGUUAUCGGCCAGGAUGAUAGUUCUGUUGUACAGUAUUUGGUCCUAUGGCGGUCCUGGGAGCAGGGAAAACCGCAUGUGAGUGGUAUGCCCGAGGAGCAUUGA